AGAGCUUUGGACACAAUGAACUUUGAUGUGGUCAAAGGAAAGCCGAUCAGAAUCAUGUGGUCACAAAGAGAUCCGUCACUUAGGAAAUCUGGGGUUGGAAAUGUCUUUAUCAAAAAUCUGGACAAGUCCAUUGACAACAAGGCCCUGUGAGACACCUUCUCUGCUUUCGGAAACAUCCUGUCCUGCAAGGUGGUGUGUGACGAGAACGGAUCCAAGGGUUACUCCUUUGUGCAUUUUGAAACUCAGGACGCAGCCGACCGUGCCAUAGAGAAGAUGAAUGGCAUGUUGCUGAAUGACCGCAAGGUGUUUGUGGGGCGUUUCAAGUCCAGGAAGGAGAGGGAAGCAGAGAUGGGUGCCAAAGCCAAAGAAUUCACAAAUGUUUACAUCAAGAACUUUGGCGAGGACAUGGAUGAUCAGAGACUGAAGGAGCUUUUUGAUAAAUACGGUAAAACUCUGAGCGCGAAGGUCAUGACUGACCCCACUGGGAAAUCUCGUGGAUUUGGGUUUAUAAGCUACGAGAAGUAUGAGGAUGCUAACAAGGCUGUGGAGGGGAUGAAUGGUACGGAGCUCAGUGGUAAGACGGUGUGUGUUGGCCGAGCACAGAAAAAGAUGGAGAGACAAGCAGAACUCAAGAGGAAGUUUGAACAGCUCAAACAGAAAAGAAUCAGCAGAUAUCAGGGAGUAAACUUGUAUAUCAAAAAUCUUGAUGACACCAUCGAUGAUGAGAAACUUCGUAACGAGUUCUCUCCUUUCGGCUCCAUUACCAGUGCCAAGGUGAUGCUGGAGGACGGCAGGUCCAAAGGUUUUGGCUUUGUGUGUUUCUCUUCACCUGAGGAGGCCACAAAGGCCGUGACAGAAAUGAACGGGCGUAUUGUGGGCUCUAAACCACUGUACGUAGCCCUGGCCCAAUGCAAAGAAGAACGCAAAGCUCAUCUGACCAACCAGUACAUGCAGCGUAUCGCUGGUAUGAGGGACAUGCCUGCCAAUGCUAUCUUCAACCAGUUCCAGCCUGCCGGUGGUUACUUCAUGCCAGCUGUGCCACAGGCCCAGAACAGAACAACAUACUAUGCACCAAAGCAGCUUAGCCAGAUGCGUCCGAACCCUCGCUGGCAGCAGCAGGGUGGCAGAGGUCAGGGGGGCUUCCAGGGCAUGGCCAGCUCCUUGCGCCAACCAGAGCCCUGGGCCAACAUACGCCACCUGGCUCCCAGUGCUUCCACCCAAGGCCCACGCGGGAUCCCCACAGGUGCACAGAGAGUGGGAGGCAGUAGCCAACCAAUGGGUCCCCGCCCUGCCAUGGGGGUGACGACCCCACGUGCCAUUCCCCCAUACAAGUACGCCACUGCCAUACGAAACACUCAGCCUCAGGUCAUGCAGCCUAUUACUCUGCAACAGGCUCAGCCAGCGGUUCACGUGCAGGGUCAGGAGCCUCUCACUGCCUCCAUGUUAGCUGCCGCUCCUCCUCAGGAACAGAAACAGAUGCUUGGUGAGCGGUUGUUUCCUCUCAUCCAGGCAAUGCACCCCAGUCUAGCCGGGAAGAUCACAGGAAUGCUGCUUGAGAUCGACAACUCCGAGCUGCUGCACAUGCUGGAGUCCCAUGAGUCUCUGCGCUCCAAGGUGGAGGAGGCUGUUGCAGUGCUUCAGGCUCACCAGGCCAAGAAAGAUGCCACACAGAAAGUGGGAGUCACUGCUGUGACUGUAGCCGCAACAUCAUGACAAGGUGAAGCAGAAAGACUGAAGAGAGAUUGUGUCAUCUGGUGGCAACCAAUAAGAACACAAAAAAUAAAACAUGAAAAAAAAAAGAAAAAUACAAAAUACUACUGGAGCAUAAAGAAUAAAAAUCUGUUGCAGGGCUUAUAUUUUUAACUCUGUAAUCAUUUUUACAACCUGAAGUUCAUUUUAAAAAGCGGCAGUUCUGUGAAGGAACAGCCUCUGUAUUCUGGCCAGGACUGACUUUUUCUAUGAGGAAGUGGGACACUUGAUUCUUCAGUGAGCUGUGUGUUUGCUGCUUUGAUUGGACCUCACUUGUCCCAUGACCCGAGUGGUGUGGCACUCUAAAUAAAGGGAAACUAUUUAAAAUGAAAUAUACUGUAGCCGUCUUCUUCUUCAUUUUUAAGUAGAGACAAAGGUCAUUUUACAGACACUCUUUAUCCAAAGUGACUUGCAGUACAGGAACAGUCCCGUUAUAGGUUACAUUUUUUUCCUCAAGGGCCCAAUAAUAACGGAAAUAUUCAUAACAUCCCAUUUCACCUUUACCUGACACUAGUCA